AUGAUUGUUUAGAUUGCAUUCCACAUCUAUAAAGAGAGAGAUAGGUGAAUUUUCGAACAAGUAGACUAUAGUAAACUGACUGAUCUGCAAAUGUUACAAGAUAGAUCUACAAGAUGAGAUGCACACUUUCUAUAAUUUCAUGUAUUUUGUUGGUGCUCCAGCAGCUGGUAUCUGGACAGCAGUGUACAGUCGGUCGUGUGGGCAGUACAAGGACUGGUACAAUGGGGAAUAGAGCAGCAAACGAGUUCUACAUUGAUCGUGGUAAUCGUGCUGGAUGUGCUGGGAUGAUCACCUCACUCUCUUACUGUUUCCAUCGACCUCCAGGAAAUCUUCCAGCUGCUAACGAGUACUUGACUACAGUUGCUGUGUACAGACCAGCGAGUACCAAUGCAAAUGAGAAUGUUUUUACUGCUGUUUCUUCACCUAUCACAAUACAAAAGCCAGUUGUAGAGUUUCAAACUGAAUUAAAUACUGCUACUGAUACAAACUUUGCCUGCUCUGUAUUUAAUCUACCGCAACCAGUACCCAUGGCGACUGGUGAUGUUCUUGGGGCAUGUGUGUUUGACUCCCCUGACACUACAAGUGGUGUUACUACUUACCGGCUUGAUAUAGUCAGUAGAGCUGCUUCCGAUAGUGAAGAUCUUGUGAGAACAAACACAGAUCCCAGUAGCCCUGUUGGCUGCAGUGCCACUACUGUGCCAAGUUCCUUUGAUGGAGGCGCAUCUGGUACUGGUUCUAGCAGUUCAAGGUCCCUUCACCUCUGGGCAAACAUAGAAGUGGUUACAACUGAAGCACCUACAAUGGGAGCAACUACCAUGGAAGCGACUACUAUGGAAGCGACUACCAUGGAAGCGACUACCAUGGAAGCGACUACUAUGGAAACUACUACCAUGGAAGCGACUACCAUGGAAGCGACUACCAUGGAAGUGACUACGAUGGAAACGACUACCAUGGAAGCGACUACCAUGGAAGUGACUACGAUGGAAGCGACUACCAUGGAAGCGACUACCAUGGAAGCGACUACCAUGGAAACGACUACCAUGGAAGCGACCAUGGAAGCAACUACAAUGGAAGCGACUAAACCUUCUACAACUACGCCUGAACAGACUGCAAACACCAACACUCCUGAAGACGGCACAACUGACAUGACCACAGCGGGUGGUCCACUGAUGACUGAGGGAGACUCUACUACUGCAACCACAAACCGAGGAACAACGAGCAACCCUGAUGCCACCACUGCACAACCCAUUGGUGGUGGGGGAGGUGGUUCUAACGUAGCAACCAUUGCCAUUGCUGUGGUAGUUGUACUCAUUGUUGUGAUUGCUUUAGUUGCCAUACUAAUACUUGUGUUGUUAAGGCGACGAUCGAAAGCAUUGCACUCAAUAAAAAACAAUGAAGUACAUGACAAAUCUGGGAAAGAAACUGCUGUUGACUUGAAGUCCAAUGAAGCUUACGGUAUUCAUGGACAAUCAUCAACAACUCAACAACCCAAUGAUGUGACUUAUGAGGAAGUGCCAGGACCUAUACACUACAACGAUCCUUGUCAGCCGAUACCUUUGGAAAACAUUGAAGCUUACAGAGUACACAAAUCUGCACAAAUGGCUGAAACAUGCUCACAAGAAGUUGACCUGAAGUCCAACGAGGCGUAUGGUGUGAGAGGAGAGGUGCAAGUUGCUGCCAUUAAUGGGACCACUGAUGCAGUGUACUAUAGUGUCAUUGACUCGCCUGGUCAGCAAUCUGGAGAAGCAGCCAGGAGAACUAAAAUUCAAAUGGACAGCAAUGAAGCAUAUGGAACAUCUGAGAGAGAUAGACAAACAGAGGAAACUCUUGACUAUGAUUACGCUAUCCUGUAAAUAAUUUUUUGCAAUUAAG